GACCUAGCGUCAGCACCAAACCCCAACUAUUUGUACCUGACGGCCGUGAUAAAUCGCUCAACCUAAGCCUCACUAUUUCCCAUGGUUAGCACAUCAACUCUAGUCAAGGCCAUUGCCAACGCCGGCCUGGGUCUGCCAAGAUGGCCACUAGGAAGCUGAACAUCCUGAUAUACACAGGCAGCGGCGCCGCUACCGAAUCGAUAAAACAUGCCGUCUUUACCCUGCGCCGGCUCCUGGCACCGAACUACGCCGUCUCCACCAUCGGCGAGUCUGCGCUGCUCAAGGAGCCGUGGGCCCCUACCUGCGCCAUGCUGGUGUUCCCCGGCGGCGCGGACCUCGGCUACUGCCGCGUGCUGAACGGCCCAGGGAACGCCGCCAUCGCGGCCUUUGUCCGUCGCGGCGGCAGGUACCUCGGCUUCUGCGCCGGUGCCUACUACGGCUCCGCCCGCUGCGAGUUCGAGGUCGGCAACAAGGUCCUCGAGGUCGCCGGGCCUAGGGAGCUCGCCUUCUUUCCCGGCACCUGCCGCGGUGGCGCCUUUGCGGGGUUCCAGUACCACAGCGAGGCGGGCGCGAGGGCCGCCCUCGUCAGGCUCAGCCGCCAUGAGUUCCCCGUGCGCCAGCCGGGCAUGUCGGAUACGCUGCGCACCUACUACAACGGCGGCGGCGUCUUUGUCGAUGCCGCUGCCUUGGCAUCCAAGGGGGUGCAUGUGCUCGCCGAGUACGAGGACGAGAUCGAUGUCGACGGCGGGAGCGGAAGACCCGCCGCUGCUGUCCACGUCACAGUUGGAAACGGACACGCCUUGCUCUUCGGCCUCCACCCAGAAUUCUCGCCUUCUCUCCUACCCCCUCAGUCGAGCGUCGAGGGAUAUGACAAGCUCAUAAAAGAUCUCACGGCCGACGAGGAAGCGCGGACCGCGUUCCUGCGAGCUUGCCUGACCAGGAUCGGUCUGGAUGCCGUGCAGGAAGCGGCGGCGACACCUUCGCCGACCAGCCUCCACCUCACUUCGGCCACACACCAAGAAGUCAGUGAACUGCUCCAUUCACUUGAGGAUGUCAUUACCAAGGAGCACGGCGCAGAGCUCAUCAAGGCAGAAGGCAACACGUUCCGUAUUGUGAACUCGGCAACGGCAUGGUCCAUGUCCGACCUCGAGUACGCCGUCGACGGUGGCAGAGUCGAGAGGGGCACUAGCCCGCAGAUAGAGAACCUGUUCGCGCACGAGGAGGGCUGGCCCAACCCCAAGAUGACUCCUGCCUUCAAUCACGCCCUAUACUAUUCCAGUCUGCAGAACUAUCGCAGGCGGGAAACGAGCUCGUACGACUGGGGGAGCCCCUUGAUGUACGGGGAAGUGGUGACGAGCACCAACACGAUCCUUGAAACGAACCCGAAGCUUCUGGCCAAGCUGCCUACGGGAUUCACCCUGGCCGCCACCACGCAGACCUCAGGCAGGGGCCGCGGCAACAAUGUUUGGAUUGCACCGCCCGGGGCUUUAAUAUUUUCCACCGUAAUUAACCAUCCAGCCCACCUUGUGGCCUCCCGGCCGAUAGUGUUCAUCCAGUAUGUAGCCUCGAUCGCUCUGAUCGAGGCAAUUCAGAGCUACGGCCAGGGCUACUCUGACAUGCCAGUGAGGCUGAAGUGGCCCAACGACAUAUACUGCCGCGAUCCCACGCAACCCGCAGAUCCGCCGCAGUGGGUCAAGAUCGGGGGUAUGCUCGCCAACUGCUCAUACGCGUCGGGCAACUACCAGGUGGUGCUGGGCAUCGGCAUCAACACGUCCAACCCGCGGCCGACGACGUCUCUGGACGCGCUGGCCGAGGCGGCCAAGCGACCGCCAUUCCAGAUCGAGCAGCUGCUGGCCCGCAUACUGACACGCAUCGAGGCGCUCUACAACGAGUUCAUCUCGCGAGGGUUCACGGACGACCUCGAGGAGCGCUACUACAAACACUGGCUUCACUCGGACCAGCUGGUCACACUGGAAGCUGAGGGCGGCGUGCGGGCCAGGAUCGCCGGCAUCACCCGGGACUGGGGCAUGCUGAAGGCGGAGGAGCUGGGAACGGGCGACAGGCCCACGGGCCGGAUGUGGGCGCUGCAGAGCGACGAGAACAGCUUUGACUUUUGGAAGGGCCUGGUGAAGCGGAAGACCUAGACAGGCGCGAUACAAACAGCGGGGUUGGGAGAUCAGGGCUCUCGCUUCCGUCAAGAUACGUAUAGAAUAGAAGGACAGGAAAAGGAGAAAAGAGCGAACUUCGAAUCUCACACUUGCAAGUACACCAUCCGACACCGCCUUGGUCGUGGAUGGAGGACGCAGCUGCGAGUACCCGGCUCACCGCCAUAC